AUGCACACCACCCAGAAGGACACGACGUACACCAAAAUCUUCGUCGGGGGGCUGCCCUACCACACCACGGACGCCAGCCUGCGCAAGUACUUCGAGGUCUUCGGCGAGAUCGAGGAGGCUGUGGUCAUCACCGACCGGCAGACGGGCAAGUCCCGGGGCUAUGGAUUUGUCACCAUGGCUGACCGGGCUGCUGCUGAAAGAGCUUGCAAGGAUCCCAACCCCAUCAUUGAUGGCAGGAAGGCCAACGUGAACCUGGCAUACUUGGGAGCAAAACCAAGGAUCAUGCAACCAGGUUUUGCCUUUGGUGUUCAACAGCUUCAUCCAGCCCUUAUACAAAGACCUUUUGGGAUACCUGCACACUAUGUCUAUCCACAGGCUUUUGUGCAGCCUGGAGUGGUCAUCCCCCACGUCCAGCCCACCGCCGCGGCCGCCUCCACCGCGCCUUACAUCGACUACACGGGAGCCGCGUACGCACAGUACUCGGCGGCCGCCGCUGCCGCCGCCGCCGCGGCCGCCUACGAUCAGUACCCGUACGCAGCCUCCCCGGCCGCCGCGGGCUACGUCACGGCCGGGGGCUACGGCUACGCGGUGCAGCAGCCAAUCACCGCCGCCGCACCUGGGACCGCGGCCGCCGCCGCCGCCGCCGCCGCGGCCGCCGCCGCCUUCGGCCAGUACCAGCCUCAGCAGCUGCAAACAGACCGGAUGCAAUAG